UUGUUGAAAAUUUUCCGGGGAGGGCACGUAUUGUGUUUGAUGGAUUCAUGGUCUCUUGACAAGUGGCAGGUAAUAGCAAAAAUGAUAUAUAUACAUAAUAGCAAAAAUGAGAAGAGGAUUUGAAUCUUGAAAAUAAAUGAUUGAAGAUUGACAACCUGCGCCAUACAUCAAAGCUUAGCUUGGAGUUGAAAUUGGUAACUGAUUGGGAGGGUUGGCCAUAUACCAUAAACAAAUGGAACACGUCAAGAUUGCAAAGAAAGAGUUUGUAUUUCGCACACACGUAGCGUAACGAGACAUCUGUCAUUUGUAUUCUGCUUUAUGUGAAUGAUCAAAACUGGCAGAAUAAUAAUGAAGACAUCAAUUUCUAUCACACCACAACAAGAAGACAUAUAUGGAGAUUUGUAUCAACCAGCACUUAUUAUCGCAACAUGCUUUGCGGUUACCGCUCUGAUGCUCUCCCUUUUCCUCAUUCUACAGCAUCUCAAGUCUUACUCUAAUCCUUCGGUAACCACUUUUUUUGUCACCACUCCUUAACUACAAAUGAACAAAAGUGGAUUGUUGCGGUUCUUUUUAUGGUUCCUGUAUAUGCCACCCAGUCGAUUAUAUCUUUAUGGAAUUCGAGAUUUUCCCUUGCAUGUGAUAUCUUACGGAACUGCUACGAAGCCUUCGCCUUGUAUUCUUUUGGAAGAUAUUUGAUUGCUAGUCUUGGUGGUGAGAGAAGAGUCAUUGAACUACUUGAAAGUGAAUCAAUAAAACAGCUGGAUCAACCUCUAAUAGAGGGUGAAGAAAAGAGGUCAAGGUCUCAAAGAACACUGUGGAACUUUCUCCUUAAACCGCAUGCUGUUGGAAAAGCUCUGCUCACUAUAGAGAAGUUUGGUCUUGUUCAAUAUAUGAUUCUGAAGACAGCAACUGCAUUUAUAGCAUUUAUAUUGGAGCUUUUUGGAGUUUAUGGCGAUGGGAAGUUCAAGUGGUCCUACGGGUAUCCAUACAUAGCAGUGGUACUCAACUUCAGUCAGAUGUGGGCACUAUUUUGUCUUGUCCAAUUUUAUAAUGUAACUCACGAGCAACUGAAACCAAUAAAGCCACUAGCAAAAUUUAUUAGUUUCAAAGCCAUAGUGUUUGCAACAUGGUGGCAAGGUGUAGGUAUUGCUCUAUUACGUGAACUUGAAGUUCUGCCGAAGGAGGGGAAACUAGAAAUUGGACUGCAGGACUUCUUAAUUUGCAUAGAAAUGGCUAUUGCAGCUGUGGCUCAUAUAUUUGUUUUAUCUGCGGAACCGUAUCGUUACAUACCAGUUUCUGCAUGUGGAGUGGCAACCAUAGAAACAAUCAAAGGAGCGUCGGAGGUCAAAGAAGGAAAAGAUAAAAAGUCAGCUCUGGUAGAAAGGAUGGAAACCCAUGUGGAGGCUCCUGGGACGAGCGUCACUGAGAGUGUCCAGGACAUAGUUCUGGAAGGCGGCCAACGAGUUGUCAAGGAUGUUGUAUUGACCAUAAACCAAGCAAUAAGACCAGUGGAGAAAGGCGUGGCCAUGAUACAAGAGACCCUUCACCAGCGAACGAUAGGUUCAGAUGAAUUAGAGUCAGAUGUAGAGGUUGAAGAAUACGUGGAAGAAAAUGGAAAUCUUGUUGGAACUAAAGUUGUCUGAGACUUUUUUUUUUUUUUUUUUUUUUUGCCUUUCAAUAGAUGAAUUAUGGAUGGAUGUAAUUUUGAUGUUACAUGUUCCGUCAGUGUAGUUUUGAUGACUGUCAUAUUCUUUUCAAGCUAAAUAAAAUGUUUACAAUCACUCUUCCA